AUGUACGCAGCCGUCGAAAACGGCGCAAAGGGUCUGGUGAUCCUCGGACCCGGCGCGGCAUCCGUUCCCCCCAGCGCUGCAGUCGUGGCCGCGGACCUCUUUGAGAAGGGGAUUCCGACCGUCGCGGCCCCUCGCCCGGCCACCGGCGCCGGCGUCCCCCAUCCCGUCCCCGGACCUCUCAUCUACUCGAGCUACCUAUCCGGCGAGCAGGCGCGCAUCAUGCUGCAGCUCGCCAUCAACGCCGGAUACGACCUGGAACAGGUCCGGGACUUGUUCGAGAGCCAGCUGAGGAGCGCUGUGUAUGACCCUGCUGCAAACCAGAAAUUCUAUUAUCCUUCUUGA